AUGAUGGGUAUAGAGGCGGUACAUGACUUCAAGAUUGAUAAGAAUACUAAAAUAUCACAUAAUAAGUUGGAACAGAGGAAUCAAGCUAAACAAGCUGAGCAGAACAGAGACCCUGACUGGUCCUACAACUCCAUACCGUCAGAAUUGAAUACAUACGUGACAGAAUUCAAAAUUAACAUGAGCGAGUGUCUCAAAGAAGUGCAGAUGAAUGAUAAACGGACAAUCAAACCGAUGUCGCCUAUCAGAGAAUCGCCAAUACACGGACAAUGUCUCAUAGCUUGCGUUUUGAAGCGAAAUGGUGUGAUUGAAAAUGGGAAAAUUCAUAAAGAAAACCUUUUAAAACUGGUGAACAAAUUUUUCGAAAAGGACCACAUCAUGAUCAAGAAAUUGGAAAAGAAUUUGGAUCGGUGUAUUGAGAUCAGUGUUCAAGCAGAGGGCGAAUGUGCCAUGGCUUCUAAACUUAACGAUUGCACCAAUGAUCUGAUGAUCCACAACAAGCGCAAAAUUUCUGUUAAUUAUUAGCUAAGAUGAUUUUUAUUUAAAUAAUAAACUUCU